AUAUCAAAAUUUUAAAUGCACAUGUCCUUUGACCUAGUAAUUCUACCAGGACCUUUUUUACUUUUAGAACAAUUUUAAUUUCUGUAUACUUAUAACAUGUCGGUGCACAAAUGUGGUUAUAUCAUACAUGCUUUUUUUGUAGUUCUCACGUUUUCUCUAGACUCCUCUCCCUCUUCUCCCACGUCCCUUCUCCCGGUAACUCCUGUUCAUUUAAUUAUCUGUAGACUCAGGCUGUUUCGGUCUUUGUUCAGUUCUGUGGAAGAAAGAUGUAUGACUUAAUUACUAGUAUACAGAAAAACACGUACCAAGAUGUCUACUGUAGCAUUGUUUGUAACAGCACAAAUUUGGAAGGAGCUUAAACGUCCUGAGGAUAUAGUUGAAUAAAUUAUGGUUCAUCCAAAAAAUGUGUUAAGAACUAUAUGUACCGAUAAAAGAGAGACAAAUGAGAUACAGAAAGUAAAAAAUUGCAAGCCGCAGAAAAAUUCAUGUAGCAUAAUAUUAUUUGUUUUUAAAAAGUGUGCACUUGAUUUAUGCUGGCUGGUACAUGCUUAUGCUUAAGAACUUUCUAGAACAGUAAAUAAGAUAACGCUGUUUAUCUUUGGGGAGUGGGACUGUUGGUAAAACAGGGACAAAGUUUUCACCUUUUUCAGUGUUCUUUAUCAGUCACAAAACUAUCUGGUAAACAUCAUUUUGUGAUAGUCAUUAAAAUGGGAAGGGAUUAGCAAAAGAAUGCAGCAAAAAAGCAUUGGGAAAAUAUAUAACUUAAGUAAUAAAGAGAAAUACUAAUUUAAAAAUUAUUUACCUAUUAAAUGUGCAAAUCAAAAAUAUUUAAUUCCAUUACAGCAGUGUUACUAACAUUGUAAACUGAUACUGCCCUUUGGCAACGAUUAAGCGAAUGUACCAAGAGCUAUAAAAUUGGUCACACUUUUGAGUGAUUUGACUUUUGGGAAUCAAUCCUAGGAAAAAUCUAAUUCAUGAAAGUAAUUAGAUGCCCAAAGAUGCUUCUUGCAACAUUCAACUAAAUUAACGUGUGUGUGAUUAAAAAAAAUGCACAAAGUAAAAUCCCAGCUCUCUCCAUGACCCUUAGUCCCUUGCCCUGUUUUGGGGAGUGCCCAGGGAACAUGGUUGGUGUUAGUUCCGAGAAGCGAACAGGCACUCUGGUUUGGUUUAUCAGUCAGCCCCUCACAAAUCUGGUUAAGGGGAAUCGCUCUUCUAGCAUUUGAUGAAGAAUUGAGAAACUCGAGUUCCUGUAACUACAGGUGCGAGCCCAAGUCCUGGAUAGAUCACCCUGAGACUGGACAAUGACCUGCCGGUGUCCCCACCCACACCUGCUGCGAGGCGGGACCAACACUGCUCUGGGUCUGGGCAUCGUAUUUUCAUUAAUGCAGACAUCAUUGUUGGGUUUUUGUUCGUUCGUUUUUACUUUGGCCCAUCUCUAUAUCUCAAACCUGCACAAGUGGGCACGUGUAUGCAAUUAAUUUUCUAAAGAGAGAAAAUGAUAACUUACAAUGUAGGCAGAAAUCCUUCAAAAAACAAGGCGCUAUGCAGGCGUAGGUUGGGAGGGUGGAAUAUAUUAAAAGGGGUCCUUGAAACCACUUUUUGAGAUUCAUUUAUUCAGCAAAUAUUUGUCGACUACUUUGUACUGGACAGUGUGAGAGAGACAUGCCUCCAAACCCUUGCUUAGCUUACGGUCUGGGAUGGGAGAUGGGAACAUGUAAACAGGCAGGUACAGUAUCAUGCGAUAAGCACCGAAGUACAUGAUCCUGUAGGAGGGCACACGUGAUCUCGUUUAAUUUUCACAGCAGCCCUAUGGGAUUAAUGGUUCUUUCACAAGUGAGGCCCAAGGACUAGAUGGACAGAAGUUUGUUGAGAAGCGAUGGUGGCUUAGAGUCGGGCGGUAAUAGUGGAGUUGGAGACAUUUGGGUAAAUAUAGGCUAUAUUGUACCUCAAUUCUGAGACAUUUUUUCACAUUUCAGCAUUUCCGAAAUUGGGAUACGUCAUGUGUUCGACAGCAGGUCAUCAUUUAAUAGUGUUUUUCUUUCUUAGAAGUACAUAUAAUGAUGUUUUAGAUGAGAUGAAAUAUGCUCUAGCGGUAGAGCCAACAGGCCUUAUUGAUGGAUUGGAUGUGAGGUGGGAGGUGUGAGAGAGAAAUCAAAGAUGACGCCUGAGUUUUUGGUUCACGUUCCUGGUGUCAUUGAUUGCGAUGGCUGAGACUAGUGUGGGAAUAGGGCCAAGGGAGGAAACCAAGAGUUCUGUCUUGGCCAUGUUAUGUUUUAUAUACUUGGUGAGGUCCAAGAUGUUAGACAGCUAGAAUUGGGGGACAGCGGAUGACCCAGGAGAGAGGGGACAGUAAUGCAGCUCAGGAUGGAAAAUUGCAGGAGUAAAAUCCUUGAGAAGGCUAGAGGCCGCUGAGGUCCCAAGGACAAGGGAUAGCUUGGCCUUAGGUCGCGGUAGGGCCCCUGCGCUCCUUGAGGACAGAACAAGAAGAGCCAGGUGUGGUUACAAAUAGGGCGGUGGGAGGACGAGGGAGUUCCUGAGUGAUUGCUUCUAUUUUCCCGGUGACUUAUGAGACAAAGUCAUUAACAGUGAGGGGCAUCUUGGCAAUUCGAAGGCAGAAGUGCUGCUGACAUUCGUAAAGCGAAGAGUGGCGGCCUGCUUCUCAUCGAUGAGUCAAAGCCUAAUCAGGACUUUCUGAUGCCCACUGGCCAGUCUUUUUUAGUCCAAGAUUCUUUUGAUUUUGUUACUACUACCACCAGGGUAGCCUCGGUGACAUGCAGAAAUAUCAUAUUUUAAAAAUUACCCUGUUAUACUUAGUUUUAAAAAGUCGGAUCAGAAAAGCCCAUAAGCCACCUAGCGUUUUGGCUGUUGCAGAUGCUCAAUAAAUGUUGAAUGAGUGAGCGAAUGAAUGAAUGAAUGAAACACAGGUGUGCCCGUCAUAUAAUUAUAACAUAUUUAUUGAGUUUCAAAAAUUACCGAGGGAAUGUGGGCCUGCACUAAAAAUAAACAGUACAGAAGCAUCUAAAGUAAAAGGUGAACGUCCACCCUCAUACAUACCCUCCUUUUCUUUUGAGAAAAUAAUUAUCGAUAAUUCGGUGUUGGUUCUUCUAGAUCUUUCUCUGUGGUCAUAUAAAAGCAUACACAAUGUUUAUGGUUUUCUGUCCCCAGCUGAAAAAGGGAGACCUUUGGAUUUUUUACUUAAUAGUUUUUGAGGGUUUCUGAUAUAUUUUCAAAGCUUCUAAUGUGAUUUACACGUCCUUUCAGGAUAGAGUUCUGGUUAAGCCAACUGUCUUUUUCGGGGUACAUAUAUUUUCUCUACAGUGACAGGAGCCUUGAAACCUUUUCUCUGGGCUUGUCCCCCUGGUGGUGAGUUUUACUUGGGAAAGGCGCCUAACAAAGUCUGCCUCCUUUUUGACCCCCGAUCUCUUCCUUAGCACUUUCCUCAGACCACUUUCCCUGUUGAUUACUAUUUAACCUGGAGGACAAUAUCUUAUCUUUAAGGAUUAGCCUGGGGCUUUCUGUCCUGGAGCUUUUUUGUGUCACGUUUCCAAUCCCUUAUUCCUUUUGCCUGACUUCUAAAAAAAAAAAAUGUGUGUUUGCGUAAGAAAGUAGACGAAGUGUAGAGUUUAGUUUUUACACGGUAUUAUUUAUUGAUAAUAGGCUUCAAGACAAGCAAGGUCACAUUUUGAGCCAUACUUGGGAAACCUUACGGGAAUUUUCUUUCCUGAUUAAAAAAAAAACAACAACUUGAGGAUUACUACUCAAGACCAGUGUCCACUGAUAGGUAAAUAGAUAGGAAGUUUAAUCAAGGGAGUGAGCCAGCGCCUGUGGUGAAAGACCGACAAGGUAAACAAGCACAGCAGUCAUCAAGCUCAAGGCCCAGCGCCCGCAGGAGGUGGUCAGGCUGCCUUUUUAUAUGUAAAGCCUUGUAACUAUUCAUGCGAAACCUUAUAAAUAUUAUGUAAAACCAUAUAAACAUGUAAACCCUUCUAGCUAUGAUGUCCACCUUCUUUAGCACUUUUGGUAUCCUCUGUGAGUCCUGUGUCACAAUACCGAUGACACGAUUACCUACGGUAAGGUCCUAGGACGUAGCUCGGUUCCAGCAUUGAAGCCAUGCUUAGUGUAGCAUGUCUUCCCGAGCCGCAUUUCGGAUGUGGGUCGUGAAUGGCUGACGAUGGAUAUCCAGUCAGUGCUCUCUGGUGAGCUGAAGGAUCCUGAGCCAGAAUGUGCUUUGGCGUCACCUCAGCCCUGGUGUCACCUGAGGCAUUACCGCGCAGCUAUAGCAGCAGGCCCGGCAGCCUGCCAGGGAGCGGCUAUGAGUGCCGGGGCCUCUCACAUUAUGAGGCAGAGGAGCGAGAGGCCCUAGCAGCGUGGCUCAUAGGGAGCAGGUGCAGCUUUGAAAUCACCCUUUGCGCGCUUCCUGAGAAAUGGACUCUAGCGUUCGUCCAUUUCCCUAGAUAGCCCUCUGCAAACAGCAGAGCCCCAAGAGCUGUCCUCCUUGUCCUUUUUCCCUUUUCCUUUUUAACUGUAUUCUCUUCAUCCUGAAGACCUUUUCCCAGUGGCCUCUUCCUCAGAAUUCACUUUUAUAUCUUUAACUAGAAAUCAAUCACUUGGCAGAAAACGGUUCACUGUUAGUGGUGUCAGCUGACAUCCUUGAGUACCCAUCUGAUUCUGUAGUAAAGACUGAGCAGCUUGUUGCUUCUGAUUUUUCAUCACCUCCGCUACUGCGAUCUUAAUUUCGCAAGCCCUUAAGACCUUCUUUUGCAUUUGAGAAACUUCGAUUGUUGGUUCUCUUCAUUUGAGAUUUUUGACAUUCGAAUGUUUAUGAUGUCGGUAUCCUUCCUUUAAAACAGUAUGUAUUUUAUUUUUGCAGUUGCGUUAUUAUUCUGGACUCCAGUGAUGAAGAGUGUGAGUCCAGUAAGUAGAGUCCACUCAAAGCAGUAAUUUACAUUUUAAAGUGUCGCUUAACCGUGUCUUCUUAGAGCUGACUGAAACGGGAUUUGGGACGUUUGGUGCAAGCUGCUCUUAGGUUUGUCUCAUCUCUGGCUCUCUCUAAACUGGUGAUGCGAAGGUGUUUCUUUCUUACUGCUAGGAGCAGAGGAAGUUUUCCGUGCUCCAUUUCAAAUUUGCUUCCUUUACCUUUUCCAUUCUAGGUCUCCUUUCAUUUCCUCUCUGCCUCUCGUGGGAAAUGUAGGAGUCCACCAUAACUUGUAACAUCCUCUAAUUUAUGGACUCGGGGAUUUAGGGAAUUGAGGACAGGGGUCACCAGAUUUUUGUCAUGCUUCAGAUGCUUUCUGACGCCCUCUCUCUUUCCCCGAUUUAGUUGUGGCUAGACCAAGCACGCAGAAAGAAAACAGUAGAAUACAUAUGUAAAGAAAAUCCAUUUUAAGGAGCCUGCCAGGAGUACCCACAGAUCUUGGUCGAGUUCCAGCUGCGUGGUGAUUGACUCAGACUCGGAUGAUGACCUCGUCCCACCCGGGAAGAAACCUAAGCUCUCCGAGACCUGCAGCAAAGAUGAGAUCUUAGUGCUGUCUGACACUGACGAGCCUCCCGUCCUGGAGCCUACCAUCCUGGAGCCUCCGAUAGUCAUCAGUGAUGACGACGACAGCGACGUAGAGGGCCCUGUGAUGAUAUUAGAUGAUUCGUGUGACAAGGAGCAAGAUGCCUCAGUUGGAGAGGAGGUGAAGGAGGUUGCUGUCUCCAAGAGCAGUUCAGCUGAUGAUGCUGGUGAGAAGCAGCUUGGUGGAAAAGCACCAGCUGAUCCUGAGGCCACACCGGAGGUCUCCGAGGAAAAGACGGUUUCUGAAGGAAAGACAUCAACUGGCGAAGCACUCGAACCUAUGAUGGGACAACCAAGGAAAAGAAAGUGUAAAACCAAAAAUACAUGUGCGACACCUGGUAAGCCAAUCAAGCCAAGUUUGCUCGUCCCCCCAAAUGUGCCUAGCCCCCCAAGCGUGCCAGCCAGGCCAGCCUCGCCCUUUCCCCCAGGUAUGUCUGUCUCGUCCGGUCUGCCUGUCCUGUCUCCCAACCCUACACCAUUUCAGCAGCUCCAUAGUGGCCCAGGGGAGAUGGCCAUCGCGGCGAAGAGGGUCUUUCUGGGACUGGGGGAGGAACGCCCAAGUUCCGGCAUCUGCCAUUCCACCCACAGGGGCUGCUUCCUCCCUGCGCUUUUUGUCCUGAGGAUGCCCCACUUUUCCUCAGGACCCAGCCCGGUUGGCACUUCCGCUACUAGAGGAGAAGAAGGGUGUGAGCCUGCAGCUAAGGGUUCCGUCACGGAGGAUUCUGGAGCAUCUGAUAAUGGGAAUUGUGACUGCAACAUACCUGGCUGUUUCUUGCGUGACGUCGAAAAGUCCCGGCGCUAUUCUGGAAGGAAUUUCAAGCGUAAUAAGGAUGAACUGGUUCAGAGAAUCUACGCCCUGUUUAACAGCUCUGUCUUUGAUAACAAGAUGCCGGAGAAGGUCAAUGUCAGAUGGAAUAAGAAGAUGCUGAGGACCGCUGGCUUGUGCACCACAGGCGAGUUAAGUCAGCCCGACAGGAAGCCCUAUGCUAAGAUUGAGAUUUCUCUGAAAGUCUGCGACUCCGCAGAUCGAGUCCGGGAUACUUUCAUCCACGAAAUAUGCCACGCGGCCUCCUGGAUGCUCCACGGCCUCCGUGAUUCUCAUGGUGACACAUGGAAGUACUACGCCAGGAAGUGUAACACGGUGCACCCAGAGCUGCCCAUGGUCACCCGUUGCCAUAACUACAAGAUCAACUACAAGAUUUAUUAUGAAUGUGGGAGGUGCAAGUCCAGGAUUGGCCGCUACACCAAGUCGUUGGACACCACCCGCUACAUCUGCGCCCAGUGCAAGGGGCCCCUGUUCAUGGUGCCGUUAACUCGGAAGGAUGGAACCCCCAUCAAGCCCCACGUGAGACCGUUUGCUAAGUACGUGCAGCAGAAUUACAGGCUGGUUAAGGAAGAGUUGGGGGGGCUAAAACAUAAGGACGUGAUGAUAAAGCUCGGCAGUGACUUCACUGCCAAAAAGCAGCAGCAGCUCCUGCUGCAGCAGCAGCAGCAGCAGCAGCAGCAGCAGAAGCAGGAGCAGGAGAAGCAGGAGCCGGAGAAGCAGGAGCCGGAGAAGCAGGAGCCGGAGAAGCAGGAGCCAGAGAAGCAGGAGCAGCAGGAGAACCAGGAGCAGCAGGAGCCGGAGAAGCAGGAGCAGGAGAAGCAGAAGCAGCAGGAGCUGGAGAAGCAGGGGCAGGAGAAGCAGGGGCAGGAGAAGCAGGGGCAGCAGCAGCAGAACCACUGAGGUCCUCUCCGGGUGCCCCCGCGCUGAGCCCUCUGCUGCUGAAGGAGUUUAAAAAAGUGCCUGUUUUAUAAAGUUACAAACGACAGAAGUCGUUUUGUAAAGUUUCAUGUUCUUAAUGAUGUUUGUUCUUUAACCCAGGAAUCUGUUACUAAGCAUUUCGUGCCCUUGCCAGUACUCGGAAGUGCUCUAGACCCACCUCGGGUCUUCCUUAGGCUUCCUAGUUUUAACGUGUAGAACAAAAUGCAAGAGAAAUGAAAUUUCAAGAGUGGUCAGUUGCCAUAAAGAGAGUAAAGCUGAGAAGAGAGUGCAUUUUAAAGGCAGUAGUUCAAAACGGGCUACUGGCAGGUGGAACCUGCUAUACCUAUUAAGAAAGAAAAGACAAACGUGUUUCAAAAAUUUACUUGACCUUGACAUUGAACAAAGCUAUCUGAGCAAUGUAAUUGUUUACAAAAUAAAAAAAACCUGUUUUCUGCA